AUGUCUCGCUUCGUGCUGGACUCCAACAACCUGUGGCUGGUCGGCAACUCGGACGGCACGAUCGCCAUCCUCGACGGCUCGGACGUCGUUGACCACAACCCCAAAGACGUGACCGGUGACGUCAGUCAAUGGCAGCAAAUGGCUCAAAUCGGGACCAACUCGGCCUCCACUCAUCAGGAACUGGAAGUGUUCGGCGUCGUGUUCAGCGGCCAGAAGCUGGAGGAGCUGAGGAAGAACACCUACGACGACCAAGUCACCGUGACCAAAGAAGGGUUCAUGAUCCAGUGUGCUAGAUGGCUCAACCCUAGUGGCGGCGAUAAGGGACCCAAGGAAGGAAAUCCCUACCGCCGCCUCAACAAUCUCUUCGACUGGUCCAAGCAUGGUGUUGAGGUCGCCAUUCCGAUUGCGACGGAGUGGGACUGGUACCAGUUGGGGACCAGGGAGCUGAUGGUGGAGAGCUCGGGUUUGGUCAACCUAGCGAAAGUCAUAGAGGAGCUGGAGAUGGAGAACCAGACUCUUCGGGAUGAGAAGGACUUGGAGAUCAGGGAGUUGAACAAGAAGCUGGUCGAGGGGAAAGGUGGCGGGGAUGAUGAUAAGUCUGCUGCUGACAAAAAUAAGGAGAUCGCCGUCAAGGAUCAAUAG